AGAAUCAUGUGACAACGAGUGAAGCCAUCGCAGCCAUUUUGGAAACUGGAGAGGGAGCUCCUCUCACGAAUAUUAUAAAUAAAUAAAUAAAUAAAUAAAUAACCAGCUUAGUUCUAUUUCAAAUUGUUCAUUUGUUGAUAUUUUUAUUCUCGUGCAACGAUGGUCCAGUCGUGCUCCGCAUACGGAUGUAAAAACAGAUAUCACAAAGACAAAAACAUUUCUUUUCACAAGUUUCCUCUUGCACGUCCCGACGUUUGUGAAAAAUGGGUUUCAGCAAUGAGAAGAAAUAACUUCAAGCCCACGAAGUACAGCAAUAUCUGUUCACAGCAUUUCACAAAAGACUGCUUCAAACGAGAGUGCAACAACAGAGUACUGAAAGAAAAUGCAGUGCCCUCAGUCUUCUAUUUUAGCACAGCAAGUGAGAAGGAAAAAGCACAAGAACCUCAGGAACCGCCCUCACCAGAACCACCCUUUGUCCCGGAGCAGCAGCAGCAGGAGCAGCCCCAGCCCCAGCUCCAGCCCCAGCAUAUGGUUCAGGUGGUGAUGCACCCACUGCUCUCCAGCCAGUCUAUCUCCUGCGAUCACAACUACACUGUGGAGGACACAGUGCAGCAGAAGAAGAGGAUCCAGCAGCUAGAGGAGCAGGUAGAAAAGCUGCGCAAAAAGCUGAAGACCGUGCAGCAGAAAUGCAGGCGCCAGGAGAGGCAGCUGGAGAAAAUUAAGGCCAUCCGUGACUUUCAAAAGGACAAAGAUGCAGUGUCUGGAGAGAGCUACGUGAUCCUCCCAACUGAGUUGUAUGAAGUCCUCAAAGGCAUAGAAUCCAUGGAAAGCUUGUAAAAAUGUUCAUUAUUUACACAGCAAAGAGGCAUAUAUCAUCUGCAAUGUCUUUCAUUAAUCCAGGAUUUAAAAUGGAUUUACAACCAACUAAGUGUACCUUGCUUCACAUAUAGUAAAAGCCUGCCAUCAUUUGUUUAA